GUUAGGUCGUGCGAUGGAGGAGAAGGAUGUUGGGAUUUUGUGCUUCGCGAAUUCCUUCCCCGGUUUUAGAGCUGUUCUCAAGCAAAGGUACUCCGACUUCAUCGUUAACGAGGUGGAUCUCGAUGGCAAUGUGGUGCGAUUGACGAGCUUAACAGCGCCACCAGAGGAUGAAACCCGGAGUGAGGCCGCUGCCGCGGAGUUUUCCGUGGCUUCAUACGAAGCACAGCUCGAUGCUUUCAAGGAACUCGCCGGCGAGGAGAAUGCUCGUAUUGUCAAGCAGCUCCUUGACAAGAUUUCUCCGGAACAGGCCGAUGAUGGAAACGCACUGGUGGAAACUCUCACGCCAAACGAGGAUAAAGGCAGCCGCACGAAAGUUCACGCGUUCUUUCGGGAGAGAAUGCCGAUGCUUAUAACUGAUACUGUGGCGGACAAUCGCAUUCGCGUGAGAUACGGUGGCGGCUCAGCUUCUGACGAUCGAGCUGGCAAAAGGAAUCGAAGCUGGAAAGGAAAGCGAGGCUAUGAAUCGAAGCGACAGAGACAAGACGGUGACAAGUUUGAUCGUCGCGCAGGAAACUACUGGCCAGCUGAUAGACACAAGUUUUGCCAGUUUUACCUAUACAAAGAGAACAAGACUACGCAGUCGGCUUUGAUGAUUGUAGCUCAGAAGAUUGGCGUAAAGGCAAAGAACAUGGGUUUUGCGGGGACGAAAGAUAAGCGUGCAGUAACAACGCAGCGGGUCACUGUUUACAAGCAUUCAGCAACACAACUCGCAGCACUUAACAAAUCCUUGUUUGGUAUCAAGCUAGGAAACUUUAGCUACGUUGAGAAGGGCUUAGUUCUUGGAGAGCUUUCUGGAAAUCGCUUCAACGUGAUUUUGCGUGAUGUCGUUGCAGAGUCCGAGAAUGCGAUCAAGGAAGCAGCUGAGGGCAUGGGGAACUCUGGUUUUAUCAACUACUAUGGCUUGCAGCGUUUUGGAAGCUGUGGUGUGCCGACGCAUGCUAUAGGCGCCAAGCUGCUCCAAGGUGACUGGAAAACCGCAGUGGAUCUGAUACUCCAAGAGAGAGAAGGAGAGCAGCAAGCAGCUGAGGAAUCUCGUAAGAUCUUCAAGACUGCUGGUCCUGCCGAGGCCUUAAAGCUCAUGCCGCACCAUAUGAUUGCCGAAAGAGCCAUUCUUCUUGGCUUGAAAAAGGAUCCUGCAAACUACUUACAGGCCAUCCAAAACAUUCCCAGGCCAAUGCGGAUGAUGUACGUCCACAGCUACCAAAGCUAUUUGUGGAACAGCGCUGCAAGCGCGAGGAUACAAAAAUAUGGGGUGGAUGCUGUUGUGGAAGGUGAUCUCGUCUACUGUCAAGAGGAUGAGAUUUCUAAAGAAGCCGGGAAAGAUGAUGUGGAACUUGAGGAUCUUGUAGACACGGACGUCCUAGAGGAUGACGCUCGCAUGGAACUCGCUCGCCCAUCUCGGAAGAAAGUAAAGCAUGUCACAGCGGAAGAUAUUGCCUUGAAAAAGUAUGCGAUAACCGACGUGGUCUUGCCUUUAGUCGGUUCCACCACUGUUUAUCCAUCAAACGAUGUGGCCGAUGUCUACAAUAAAAUCACGAAAAUGGAAUCAAUAGAUUUGAAGUCUUGUACACACAACGUGAAAGAGUUCUCGGUGGAGUAUUUGACAGGAGCAUAUCGAAACUUACUCGUGAAGCCUAUCGACUUCGAGUGGAGAUUAUCCUCGUACAGCGACUCCCGGAAUCCUCUGACAAAAACGGACAUGGAUUUGCUCCAAGAUCCUAGCACUAGCCUUCCAGAAGAAGAUGCAAACUCCACUCAAGGCCCCAGCCUUCUGGCAUUGCAGCUGCAAUUCACUCUCCCAACGUCGGCCUAUGCCACAAUGGCGAUAAGAGAGGUCAUGAAAAUGUCUACCUCGGUCUCCUUGCAUAAGCUGCUAUCACAGUAGCAAGAGCUCCCCAACAGAGAUGGUGAUUGACAAGGAUUCUCUGUUUUGUUGUUGCUGCUGCUGCUGCUGCAUCUGGAUGUGUCGCUUGGAUUGGAGUCCGUUGCUUCGUUGCCGUUGCAAGCACAACAAAUAGGAUUAUUCGCAGGGAUAUUCCUUUUAGGGUUCUUGAGAUGAUUAUUCCUCGGAUAUUCUUACUUGAAAAAACCGUUAGGGCUCUUGGAAUUU